AUGGCGUUGGCAAGCUAUGCAAUGAGCAGAUGGAGCCCUUUAUUUGUACUGAAGCGCAGAUACGCAAGACUUCUUGCUCUUUGCGUUCUCUCCUUGUUCACUCUCUUCUACGUCUCGAAGCAAUACGUCUUUGCUCGUGCAAGCAAUGCCAUCACGGAGAGCGACGCUAGCUUUGAGCGAUUCCGAACCAGCUCUGCCAACAAGCUCAAGCCUCUGGACAACGGUCUCUCUCUCUCCGCCACUCCUUACAUGGCCUCGCCGUCCAAGUACUGCCGCUCUCACGGCUGGAAAGUAUACACCCUUCGCGAGCCUCGUCGCAAGAUCUACGAUCUCUUCAUGAUCAACACCGAGCUCGACUGGCUGGAGAUCCGUCUCCACACUCUCCAGAAUCAUGUCGACUUCUUCGUUGUUCUCGAGUCAGCGACAACUUUCACCGGUCUCCCCAAAAACCUCAGCCUUGCAGAGAACUGGCCCCGUUUCGAAGCCUUCCGCCACAAGAUCAUCUAUCACGUCUUGGACCUUGAGAAUACCACCGUCACCCGCGGAGCUUGGGACAAGGAGGCUUUUCAGCGGAACGCCAUGUUCACCCAAGUCUUUCCAAACCUGUCCGGCGUGCAGGCCCCGAACGUUGGAGACGUUAUCCUCGUGUCCGAUGUCGACGAGAUACCUCGCCCUGAGACCCUGACUCUUCUCUACAACUGCCAAUUCCCGCGACGCCUUACCCUGCGAAGCAAAUUCUACUACUACAGCUUCCAAUGGCUGCACCGAGGCGAGGAAUGGGCUCACCCGCAAGCAACUACCUACACCGGUCUCGACAGCACCAUCCUCCCCAACGACCUGCGCGGCGACGUCGGCGUCUCCGUCAUCGACUUUGAGGGUGGGGAUCAGGACCUAUACAACGCAGCCUGGCACUGCAGCUACUGCUUUUCAACUCUGUCCGAGAUGCUGGUAAAGGUGCGGAGUUUCUCUCACACCGAGUACAAUACUGCAGAGUAUCUAGAUGAGGCGAGGAUUGUUGAUCGUGUGAGGAACGGAAAGGAUUUGUGGGAUCGGAGCGAUGAAUUGUACGACAAGGUGGAGGGGAACGAGGAUGUGCCGGGCUACCUGAAGGUUGCUGGCAUGGGGGAGAGGUUUAGUUAUUUGUUGGAUAGGGAUGGUGAGGGUGCUGGGUUCUGUGAUUAUGAACCUGGCGUAGUCAGGGGCAUUGGCGUUGACCCAGAGGAUGUAGUCUUUGCUCGAGGCGCUGUAGAUGAUGCCGCCUGCAGUUGCCAGCGAGCUCUCCGAGCAGAGUAUCUGGGUCUCUGUAGUGUUGAUACCAACAAGGAGGCUGUUGUAGUGCUAGUUUGCAGGUCUGCGGAAGAGAAGGCUGCGACUCCGCAAAAAGCAAAGAUGUUACCAAGCGUAUGCACCUCCGAGGAAUUCAAUUUUUUCACCUGCGCGAGACACGGUCAGCUCCAAGAUGAACACGAUGUGAGGAAGGGAGAAGUGACCCAAGCCAGUCAAGUCACUUUUGACUAUCCUCAAGAGGAUAUCGAAUUGAAGUUGUUCAGGGACCUGGCUUCCACCUACUGGUCAGGUCGAUGGCAUUGCCAUUAG